GGCCUGGUCAAGGAGUCGUCCCGAGGGAGUUUUGGUCUGGAUAUCCGCUAGAUGGCACGACGACGGCCACCUGUUUACCUGAAUUUUUACCUGAACGGCUCGCAAUAUCAGGGACCGACCCAGUCGACCAAUGGCGAUGUCGACCCUGGGCCCCACUCGCCCUCUUCUCCUGCCUCGUAUCACUUGCCGCCUGGCUCGACUGCAACAGGCUACGUAGUUCAGAAAUUCGUCGGCCGUAAGCACGAAACCGAUUUCUAGCGUCAGCUUUCGUGAGCUGUUUUCAGCGGAAUUGCGUCGCCGCCGCGUAGUAGUGCACGGGAACGUUAAUGUGCCUGGGGUUCCUCGUGGAGUUACACGAACACGCCUGAAGAACGACAUCAGAAGGCAAAAUGAAGGUCCUAGCAGCUGUGCUGCUGGCCGCUGCCCUCUUGGUCGGAAUCGUUGCUUCAAAUAAAACUCCAUCGAGAGACAUCAAUACAGACACUACAGAUGAACCGUUCACGACGAAAUUGCAGCAUAAUUUGAUCAGCAUUAGCGCUUCGCCAGAAACGUUGGAUCUUACUACGCGUACUGCUAUUGUAAAAAAAGUAACGGCUCCUCGUACUAGUGAGAAAACAACGCCGAACUACGAUGACGAUAAUCUGCUCUUGGGUGAUGUGAAAAAUUUCCUGAACCCUAAGGAAAUGCUUCUGCAAGAAAUUCGUAAUUUGGAUGAAGAAGUUACCAAUGCCAAGACACAAGAAGAAGUUGCUAAAACACUGAAAGCGGAGGCCCGAAGAAUUAGGCCAUCCUACUCGAUUUCGACAACGAAACCGACCACCGCGGGAAACAACGACGAACAAAGCAACACUACGGAAGAUAGGGACAUCAAGAAAUUAUUAGACGCUGAGGAUGCGCCUUACGAAGAUGGUUUGAGCAAAGACGAAGAGGACGACAGCGCGGAAGAGUACGACGGGGACGACGAGGACGAAGAAGACGAACUCGAUGACGACGAGCAAGUGAUGACGGAGUGUCCCGAUUAUUGUACAUGCGCCGGGCAAUACGCAGCUGCAACGACUGCAACAUGCACCAAACUCGUGGAUGAACAAUCGUUCGGCACUGGAAUCGCGCAUCUGCGCGUCGAGAACGCCGAACAGAUCCGCCUUGGUCCUCACGCGCUUCGUUCACGAGGUCUUCAGCAUCUGGAAUCGUUCGUGAUCACCGACACGAGAAUCGUCGAGUUGAAUCAGACCGCGUUCGACGGCGUGGCGUAUUUAUUCGCGGUAAACCUGACGCGUAACGGUCUGCAGGAGAUUCCGCCGAAUAUUUUCCAGAAUAACACACAACUGUCACUGUUGUCUAUUUCUGGAAACCCGUUGAAACAUUCGCAGGAUUCGAAAUCAUCCAAACACGGCCUCUUCGAUUCUCCGUCUGUUACCGAAUUCGACUACUCUUACAAUGGUCUGACGAAACUCAAGCGAAAUGCGUUCGCGAAGAUGCCGGACCUAAUUUUUGUUAAUCUGAAAAACAACAAAUUGAAGGAAAUCGACAGCGCGACGUUCAAUUCGAUGGCGUCGCUAAUUGAGUUGGAUCUUUCGAACAACUUGAUCAGCGAAAUCCCUCUUGAUCUGUUUUAUGAUAAAGGACUGCAGACGCUUCGCAUUGCUGGAAACAAUUUGACAACGUUGAACACCAUACGUGCGUCACAACUGAGAAUAUUAGAUGUGUCUCACAAUAGAAUCAAAACAAUAGGAAAAGAUGAUCUAAUUGGUAUGACUCUGCUGGAUAAACUGACGCUCAAUUCGAACGGUAUCAAGAGGAUUAACCCGAGCGCUUUCUCCUACCUCCCACUGCUUACUCUCAUUGACAUCAGCGACAAUAAGCUGACUUCUUUGACGGAACAUCAUUUCAUGAAGAAUUGGCGAUUGCAAAUUUUGUUGAUGAACGAUAAUCCUGGUUUGGAAACGUUGCCCGUCUUCAAAACCACUAGUCUCGAGUACAACACUUUCAGUGUCUACCGUUUCGAAUGCGCGCACUGUGGCCUGCACACCCUCCACAAAGACACUUUCAAAGCCAUGCCAGCGAUAACGCAGCUGAACCUUUCCAGAAAUAAGUUACGUGGCUUACCGGAUGGAUUGCUGAGCAGUCUGUCUGCUUUGCGUAUUCUCGAUCUGUCUGACAACACGAUCAGUUCCUUGGAGAACCACAUGUUCAACGGCGCGAAGAAUUUGAUGAAGAUCAAACUUGCUGGUAACCCUCUGGUUACGUUGCAAGUAACGCCGUUCCUGGCUGCUCCUGGCCUUACCAAGAUCGACGCUAGCGGAUGCGCUUUGGAAAGAGUUUGGAGCGAGGCCAGAGUUCCAUUGACUAGUUUGAAAUUCUUAUCAGUUCGCGAAAAUCUGCUUCGACGAAUCACUGUUGAGGAAUUGAAAGCAACGCCUAAAAUCGUUGGCCUGGAUUUGUCGCGUAAUCCUCUUGAUUGUGAUGACGAAUUCAAUGAGGCUGUGCAAUGGCUUACCGAUCAUGGGGUUUCGCCGAUGGAACCAUCGAAAUACAUUAGUAAUUAUGGUGGCGGCGAUAAUUAUCAAGAUCCUGAGGGUAUCAGUCAAUGGACUGAUCUAGCGAAAAUAGUCUGCGAUGGUGUGAACGACGGACCACCAGACAGACAAUUCCCGCACAAGAAGAAAUUGAAAAUUAUUCUUGGGGGAUUUGAUACAUCAGACGACUCUGAUACCCUUUUGCGAAACGAUCUCGAAGGCGACGAGGAGCUGCUUCAACUGCAACUCGAUCAUGGCGUAAGAUCCAACGAAGAAGUUGAGAAAGCGUGGACCACACAAGAUCAAGAAUACGAAGAUUUUGUAGCCGCGGAGAACAUGGAGUAUCAUCCUUGGUACAGCAGCGCGCUCUGGCCCGUGGUCACUGUUAUCGUCAUCACGGCGAUGAUUCUUCUCUUAACGGUGCACGUUGCAAUUUACUUGGCAAGACGGCGGGGUCGCGGACCUGUUAUCAGGCCACCGUUGAUCCUCCGUCAAGGAUUGAUCGACAACAAGAAUUGUGGUCUGGUUUACAAGCCUCUCCAAGAGGAAAUCGCGACACCGCACAUGCCGAAACGGGGAAGCUUUUAUUCCAGCAGCACAUUCCACUACGACAAAAUCGUUCCAGAAAGUGUUUAAAGGGCAA